AAGGCUAAACUUUCUAAUUCCCUUCUUUGGCUGAGGCUGCCGGCCGCCGGGAGAGCGCUCGCACCGCCGGAAAGGACCACGGGAAGACAGGGCAGGCGGCUCGGUGAUCGCUCCUCCGCCGGGUCCCCUCGGCUCAAGGGACUGGACAUGGGGCUGCUCCAGGUGCUCGCUUUCUGUGUCUUAGCCGUGUUCGGAAUCCGAGUGCGCGCUCAAGAACCGGAGUUUAGCUACGGCUGCGCGGAGGGCAGUUGCUACCCAGCCACCGGCGACCUUCUCAUCGGCAGGGCACAGCGGCUUUCGGUGACCUCGACGUGCGGGCUGCACACGCCCGAGCCGUACUGCAUCGUUAGCCACCUCCAGGAGGACAAAAAAUGCUUCAUUUGCAAUUCUCAAGAUCCUUAUCAUGAGACCCUCAAUCCUGACAGUCAUCUCAUUGAAAAUGUGGUCACUACAUUUGCUCCAAACCGCCUUAAGAUUUGGUGGCAAUCUGAAAAUGGCGUGGAAAAUGUAACCAUCCAACUGGAUUUGGAAGCAGAAUUCCAUUUUACUCAUCUCAUAAUGACCUUCAAGACAUUCCGCCCAGCCGCGAUGCUGAUAGAACGAUCGUCGGACUUUGGGAAAACCUGGGGCGUGUACAGAUACUUCGCGUAUGACUGUGAGAGCUCAUUUCCGGGCGUUUCAACGGGCCCCAUGAAGAACGUCGAUGAUAUAAUUUGUGAUUCCCGAUAUUCUGACAUUGAACCCUCAACAGAAGGAGAGGUGAUAUUUCGUGCUUUAGAUCCUGCGUUCAAAAUAGAUGAUCCUUAUAGUCCAAGGAUACAGAAUCUCUUAAAAAUCACCAACUUGAGAAUCAAGUUUGUGAAACUGCAUACUUUGGGAGAUAACCUUUUGGAUUCCAGAAUGGAAAUCCGGGAGAAGUACUACUAUGCAGUUUAUGAUAUGGUGGUUCGAGGAAAUUGCUUCUGCUACGGCCAUGCCAGUGAAUGUGCCCCCGUGGACGGAGUCGACGAAGAGGUGGAAGGAAUGGUUCAUGGCCACUGCAUGUGCAGGCAUAAUACCAAGGGCUUGAACUGUGAACUGUGCAUGGACUUCUACCAUGAUUUACCAUGGAGACCAGCCGAAGGUCGGAACAGCCAUGCCUGUAAAAAGUGUAACUGCAACGAACACUCCAGCUCCUGCCACUUUGACAUGGCCGUCUUCUUGGCCACUGGGAACGUGAGUGGAGGCGUGUGUGACGACUGUCAGCACAACACAAUGGGGCGCAGCUGUGAGCAGUGCAAACCCUUUUACUAUCAGCACCCGGAGAGAGACGUCCGAGACCCUAACUUCUGUGAACAAUGUACCUGUGACCCAGCUGGCUCUCAGAAUGAGGGAAUCUGUGACAGUUACACAGAUUUUUCUGCUGGGCUCAUUGCUGGUCAGUGUCGGUGUAAAUCAUACGUGGAAGGAGAGCAUUGUGAUAUUUGCAAAGAAGGCUUCUAUGGCUUAAGUGCCGAAGAUCCAUUUGGUUGCAAAUCUUGCGCUUGCAAUCCUCUGGGAACAAUCCCUGGCGCGAAUCCUUGUGACUCUGAGAGUGGUUACUGCUACUGUAAGCGUCUGGUGACAGGACAGCAUUGUGACCAGUGUGUGCCAGAGCAUUGGGGCUUGAGCAACGAUUUGGAUGGAUGUCGACCUUGUGACUGUGACUUUGGGGGAGCCUUGAACAGUAGCUGCUCCGCGGAGUCGGGCCAGUGCAUGUGUCGACCCCACAUGAUCGGACGUCAGUGCAACGAAGUGGAGCCAGGCUACUACUUCACCACCUUGGACCACUACAUCUAUGAAGCAGAAGAAGCCAACUUUGGGCCCGAGGUCACCAUCGUGGAGCGGCAGUAUGUGCAGGACCGGAUUCCCUCCUGGACCGGAGCGGGCUUCGUCCAAGUGCCUGAAGGGGCUUAUUUGGAGUUUGUCAUUGACAACAUACCAUACUCCAUGGAGUAUGAAAUCCUAAUUCGCUACGAGCCACAGCUCCCCGACCAAUGGGAAAAGGCUGUCAUCACGGUGCAGCGACCCGGGAAGAUUCCAACCAGCAGCCGAUGUGGUAACACAGUUCCUGACGACGACAACCAGGUGGUGUCCUUGUCGCCUGGGUCGAGGUACGUCGUCCUCCCGCGCCCCGUGUGCUUUGAGAAGGGCGUGAACUACACAGUCAGGUUGGAGCUGCCCCAGUACACCACCUCCGAUAGCGGUGUGGAGAGUCCCUACACGUUUAUCGAUUCACUUGUCCUCAUGCCGUUCUGUCAGUCACUGGACAUCUUCACCGUGGGCGGUUCGGGGGAUGGGGCUGUCACCAACGGCGCCUGGGAAAUCUUUCAGAGAUACCGAUGUCUGGAGAACAGCAGAAGCGUUGUGAAAACGCCCAUGACUGACGUUUGCAGGAACAUCAUCUUUAGCAUUUCUGCGCUGAUACACCAGACAGGCUUGGCUUGUGAGUGCGACCCGCAGGGCUCGUUAAGCUCCGUCUGCGACCCCAACGGAGGCCAGUGCCAGUGCCGGCCGAACGUGGUUGGGAGAACCUGCGACAGAUGUGCUCCCGGGACCUUCGGCUUUGGCCCCAGUGGCUGCAAACCGUGCGACUGCCACCUGCAGGGGUCUGUCAGUGCUUUCUGCGACCCCGUCACCGGCCAGUGCCACUGCUUCCAGGGGGUGUACGCGCGGCAGUGUGACCGGUGCCUGCCCGGGUACUGGGGCUUCCCGAGCUGCCAGCCCUGCCACUGCAACGGCCACGCCGACGACUGCGACUCGGUGACGGGGGAGUGCCUGAGCUGCCAGGACUACACCGCGGGUCAUCACUGCGAGAGGUGCUUGGCGGGUUACUAUGGCGACCCCAUCAUUGGGUCAGGAGAUCACUGCCGCCCUUGUCCCUGCCCAGACGGUCCCGACAGCGGACGCCAGUUUGCCAGUAGCUGCUAUCAAGAUCCUGUCACUUUACAGCUCGCGUGUGUCUGUAACCCUGGGUACAUUGGCUCCAGAUGCGAGGACUGUGCCCCGGGCUUCUUUGGCAAUCCCUCUGAUGUCGGAGGGGCGUGUCGGCCUUGCCACUGUCACCACAACAUUGACACGACCGACCCAGACGCCUGUGACAAGGAGACUGGGAGGUGCCUCAGGUGCCUGUACCACACGGAAGGGGAGCACUGCCAGCGCUGCCGCUUCGGCUACUACGGGGACGCCCUCCAGCAGGACUGUCGGAAGUGUGUCUGCAACUCCCUGGGCACCGUGCAGGACUACUGUAACAGCUCCGACUGCCAGUGCGACAAAACCACCGGCCAGUGUCCGUGUCUUCCCAAUGUGGUCGGGCAGAACUGCGACCGCUGUGCCCCCAAUACCUGGCAGCUGGCCAGCGGGACUGGGUGUGACCCAUGCAACUGUGAUGCGGCUCAUUCCUUCGGGCCGUCCUGUAAUGAGUUCACAGGGCAGUGCCAGUGCAUGCCUGGCUUUGGGGGGCGCACCUGCAGCGAGUGCCAGGAGCUCUUCUGGGGAGACCCCAACGUGGAGUGCCGAGCCUGUGACUGUGACCCCCGGGGUAUUGAGACGCCGCAGUGUGACCAGUCCACCGGCCAGUGUGUCUGCGUCGAGGGUGUCGAGGGUCCGCGCUGUGACAAGUGCACUCGAGGGUACUCGGGGGUCUUCCCUGACUGCACACCCUGCCACCAGUGCUUUGCUGUUUGGGACGUGAUCAUCGCUGAGUUGACCAACAGGACCCAGAAGUUCCUGGAGAAAGCCAAGGCCUUGAAGAUCAGUGGUGUGAUCGGGCCUUACCAGGAGACUGUGGACUCGGUGGAGAAGAAAGUCAAUGAGAUCAGAGACAUCCUGGCCCAGAACCCAGCUGCGGAGCCGCUGAAAAACAUUGGCAGUCUCUUUGAGGAAGCAGAGAAACUAACCAAAGAUGUUACGGAAAAGAUGGCUCAAGUUGAAGUGAAAUUAUCUGACAUAGAUUCACAAAGAAACAGCACAGCCCAAGAACUGGACUCUCUCCAGGCCGAAGCAGAGAGCCUGGACACCACGGUGAAAGAACUUGCUGAGCAACUGGAAUUCAUCAAAAACUCAGAUAUUCGAGGUGCCCUGGAUAGCAUCACCAAGUAUUUCCAGAUGUCCCUAGAGGCAGAGAAGAGGGUGAAUGCCUCCACCACAGACCCCAACAGCACGGUGGAGCAGUCGGAGCUCACCAGAGAAAGCGUGGAACACUUGAUGAUGGAGCAGGAGUCCCAGUUCCGGGAAAAACAAGAGGAGCAGGCCCGUCUUCUGGACGAACUGGCAGGCAAACUGCAAAGUCUAGACCUUUCAGCCGCUGCCGAAAUGACCUGUGGCACGCCUCCAGGGGCCUCCUGCUCCGAGACGGAAUGUGGUGGCCCCAACUGCAGAACUGACGAAGGACAGAAGAAGUGUGGGGGGCCUGGCUGUGGUGGUCUGGUCACUGCUGCGCACAGCGCCUGGCAGAAGGCCAUGGACUUUGACCGAGACAUCCUGAGUGCCCUGGCUGAGGUGGAACAGCUCUCCAAGAUGGUAAUUCAGCGGACAGCCUCAGUCUUUACUGUUUGUUUGCUUUCAAUGUGGAGUGGAAGGUCUGAAAAGGAGAAACCAAUUCAAAGUGCUGACUAUUAAAAAAAAAAAAAAGGGCAUUUCACACCACGUAUGAAAGUGCAAGUUUUUGCGAGAUCAGGGAAAUAGAUGUUUAAGAAUUUGCUUUCUUCUCAUGACAAUAAUUUGAGAUAACCAUGUUACUUACCAUGGGUGCAGGGUUAUGAAUACAUCCAGCUGCACUACAAAAAUUCUCUACUAAGCAACCAAGCAUUUAUUCUUCUAAAGUGAUACAUGAAGUCUUAAGUUCAUAUCAACUGAAGUAUGUAUGUGGGUACCUGAGAAAAAGACUAAGGAACAUUUAUAGGCCACCAAAUGUUUUGAAGGAGUUAAAAACAACUAGGAAAAAAUUCAUAUGCUGGCCCUACCUACAUGAGAAUACUAUAUAGGAAUCUUAUACUGAAUACUUUCAGUCUAUAAAGGAAUAUAAUACGGUUAAAUGGGAGAUACUUGUUUCAAAAAGUCAUGAUUCCAAAUGCUAGUUUUUCAACAUCAUUUUUUGGACCAUUUAUAAAAUUCUGGUCUGCUUAGAAAGAAUGAAGUUGUUCCCUGGGUAAUUUAUUCCUCAUGUUUAGGUCUCUGAAGCAAAACUAAGGGCAGAUGAGGCAAAACAGAAUGCUCAAGAUGUUCUGUUGAAAACCAAUGCUACCAAAGAAAAAGUGGACCAGAGCAAUGAGGACCUGCGA